AAAAGGCCAACACUUGAGGACCUAGACAGCCACCUGUGGCCUUGAGGCUGCAGGAUCCCCACCCUUGCCCUAAAUCUUUGCUGAUUAACUUUGGGAACCAAUGGACCCUAUGAUCUUAAGUCAGUAAAUGUUAUUUAUAUAAAUGAAAUCCAAACUAUUUCACCCCAUUUUAGCUUUGAUGUGUUAACUAGAUGAAAACAAGUCUUAAUCAAUCAAUUAAAAGACCACAGACUAAGAGUGAAGAGUUUUUGAAAACCUCUGGGUGAAAUGAAAUGAUGCCAGACAGGAAGUCUGUUCUAAUAAUUAGAGGAAACUUAGGCACACCCAAAGGUCAUCUAUAAAUUAUCCAGCAAGUGGAAAGGGGAUUGGAUUCCAGAAUUGGAGCCUCUGGCUUUCUAGUAUAUCCCUGAGGAACUGCCUGGAAGGAGGGAGAGUCCCAUUCCCCCACACCUCGCCCCACAGGUGGGCGCUUUCCAGUUUAGAAGGAUUUGGAGAACAUUGGAUUUCCCAUCAUUGUCCAAAACUACGUCUUCUCAUCAACUGUAUCAUGCAUCAGGAGCCAUGGACAAAUGGAAGAUAGAUCUUCUGUGCUUAAGGGGAACUUCCUGAGCAUUCGAUAGAGAAGAUGAAAGGACUUUGAGAAACAGGGAGCUGUGUGAGUUAUUCCUCUGACACAUCUGCUAAGUUUGAGGCCACUCUUCCCCAGACUUUGUACAACAGUUAUACCACCUGUGUUACUGUACCAUUUUGGAAAAUAACCCUUUCUCAAAACAAAACAAAAAAACCAAUAACUAUUUGACCUGGCUAACCUUGGCUGAUAAUCUUUGUGGGAAACACGUCUUGUUGAGUCUUCAGGGUUACCCCUAGAACCCUUCAGGGAAGACACAGCCAAGCUCUGAGGAUUUGACUUUUCAGUGGGAGUGGGAAUUUGGAUAAGCAUCCUUGGAGCUUUCAUGGAGUCAUUGAAGUCCAGUGGCAAGACCAAAGUCAGAAGACUGGCGAAGACCCAGGAUGCAGUGGAUGACUUUGAUGGCUUUUUUGUCUACCAAGCUCAGCUGACUUCAAAGCCCUUGAAAGAAGUUGUUCUUAUCCACCUAUUCUACUGCAGAAAUCUUCACAUGCUUGGGGUAGACAUUACAAAGGUUGCAGAUUUGGGAUGUGCCAACUGUAAGCUCUUAUGGAGGCUAAAAUAUCAUGAAUCCAUUGAGGUGCUUGCUGGACUGGAUAUUGAUGAGAACAUAUUAACACGGAACAUUUAUAGGUUACAUACAGGUGCUGGAGACUAUCUAGAUCCCCGGGAGAGGCCUUUAACUAUUACCUUAUAUCAUGGCUCUGUGGUGGAAAAAGAUCCUUGCCUCCUUGGAUUUGAUUUGAUAACAUGCAUAGAAUUAAUAGAACAUCUAGAAGCCAAAGAGUUGUCCCAGUUUCCAGAAGUAAUAUUUGGAUUCUUCUCUCCAACCACGGUUAUUAUCAGCACACCAAAUUCGGAAUUUAAUCCCUUAUUUUCAGGAAAGACACUAUUCCGACAUCCAGAUCACAAGUUUGAAUGGGACAGAACACAAUUUCAGAGCUGGGCUUUAGAUGCAGCAAGACACUAUGGUUAUUCAGUGGAGUUUACUGGAUUAGGGGACCCACCACCUGGAGCUGAGGCUGUUGGGUUCUGUACUCAGAUAGGGGUCUUUGUGAAAACUAUACCAAACACUAUUGAAUCUCUGCACAAUGAAAAAACUAUAGAAUGUACUCAUACAACAGUUGGUACAGUGAUAUAUCCAAGCCUGAAGGAAGAAAAGUACCUUAGGAAGGCAGUAUCCAACGAAGUUUUUUCUCAAAUCUUAAAAAUGAAGAGAGUUCUACUGGAGAGUCCCAAGAUGAAGAAUGACAGCAAUAGUGGUGAUGAGCUUGAAUUUGUCAAGCCUAAAUGUGAUGAGUCCAAAAAUGACCCCACUGAGGAGAUCCCCAAGCCAUUCUGUAUUGAAAAUGCAUUUUAUGUACCUCUGGAAAGGCUUUUCUCUUUCCCCAAAAUAAAACACCUAUGUGGUGACCUUGAGACGUUAAAAAUGCUAAUUGCUGAUGAAGUAACGCUAAGCAGUGAUGGUUCUUCUGUCAUGAUUCACAUUGUCGAUGAAGAGGACUGAUUUGAAUGACAGUGAUGGGGAUGACUUAUGAUUUGGUUGACUGCAAUGGGGAGGAGCAUAAUGGUGGUGGCUCUGGCCCUUGCCUACGAUGGGGAUGACCAGGAAGAUCAUUGCUGAGUCAUUGUUGUUUUCACAAAUUCAGGGAAUUAAACUUCUU